AUUCAUCAUCCCCACUUCCUUGGAUGACCGAGGAAGAACUGGGCCAGUAUGCUGAGAAGUUUCAGAAGUCUGGCUUCACCGGACCCCUCAACUACUACCGCAACAUGGACACGAACUGGAGGCUUACUGCACCCUGGCACGCUGCAAAGAUCACAGUGCCUGCAAAGUUCAUCGGGGGUGAGAAGGACAUCGGUGUCGAGUCCUUCGGAGUCAAGCGCUACAUCGAGAGCGGGGGUUUCAAGUCCAAUGUUCCUGACCUUGAGGUUUCCAUCAUUGAAGGCCACCAUUUCCUCCAGCAAGAGCAGGCCGAGAGGGUGAACUCUGAGAUACUGUCCUUCCUGGACAAGCUUUCUGGCAAGGAAGCACAUAAUUAAGAACUAAGUCGGCGAGGGGGUGGGUAACUAAGAAACGAGUGAAAAUAGUGUAUGAGCUGGUUUUAGAUUGUGAAAGUUGUCUUUUGGAAACUGAAAUAUAAAGCUGGUGGGCCUAUCCACUCAAAUAAAUGUGAAAGAUAGGUUUCAAUAAAGUGUACUGCUGUUGUCUUAGCAGAAUACAAAGGGGGCCUUUGAAGGUGAAUUUCUUUCUAA